AUCAGAAGUUCCGGCGUAACAUCUGUGAUUUUAGCGGCACGCAAAAGGAAUGCAAUCAAAAAACGGCUUUUCAUAAAGUUGUACGUUGUAAAACACAUUAAGUUUGAUAACACCAUAGUUUUAACGCUGUGCCAGUAGAUCAAUACGCUUUAAAAUGCUAAACGCACUCGGUGUUAUAGUGUCUGGUCGAUUGGUCCAAACCGACUUCCAACAAAUUAGUGACACACAUUUCCUUAUCAACAUCCCGGACGCCGACAACGUUAAUCAUGUGGUAGUUUUUCUAACCGGAACAACUCCAUUCCCUCAGGGGAUGGCUGGCGGUGUUUACUUUAGCUGGCCCGAUCCAAACGCUCCACCAAACUGGCAACUGUUGGGAUACAUCUCCAACUCGAAGCCAUCGGCAAUAUUUAAAAUUUCCCAGCUGAAGAAACUGGACGAAAUCGCCACCCAAAGCGGAACCAUGAUGGCCAAUAACGUGUUUGGCAGCAAUCUGCCCAUCUCACAUAUCGCUCAAAUCGGUGUGUCGAUCGAGCCGGAAAGUUCCCUGAUACAACAAACUCCCUCCACGACUUCAUCGAGCACGUACUAUCAGUUCGGGCAGAAGAUACUGGAAAACUUUUUCAACUUUGUCAGCAGUUUCUCGGUAACGCAAAGCCAAAUGACGCCGACACCGAACGAAACGUUCGUUCCGUUGUCGACGGUGCAGACGUGGUACACCAACUUCCAGCGGAGACUCCAGCAGAACCCAAACUUUUGGAAAAAUUAGAACUCGCCGAUGGGUACCAAUUUUGUGCGGCGGUGGACUGCAAAGGACCAACGGGUAUGAUUGAAGAUGAUUUAAAGGUGAAGUGAUUAAAAAUGAAACGAUAUAGCGGUCCAGCACUGAUGCUGCACGAUACAUUCUUCAUGAGAAGCACAUCAAGUUUCCGAAAAUAAAGAUAGGUUUUAAUCCGUUAGGAAGCUAUACCAAUUCUGCCCAUAAAUAUGUCUUGUAACGAUUUGUAAUGUAUUAAAGUGAAACAUUUCUUUUUUUUGUUA